CGUCAUUGUUAAGGGACACUUGUCUGAAGACACUCGCUGAUAUUAAAAUUUGCAAUGGAUAUAAAUAAUAAAGAUGAUAAACAAUACCUGGAGAAGGAGAUUCUUGCACCUUCUACACACCUGGCAGAAGUUAACGGAGUAAUUCUUAUUGGCAGAAUAACGUGGUCUUUCAAUUACUGGUUUAAAGUCCCAGAUGAUUUACUUCGAAAAGUAACAGACGCUUGGGUAAAAUUGAUCAAUGGAGUUGUUUUGAUCGAUGAUAUCCAGGAUAACUCUUUAGUCCGUCGAGGAAAACCAACAGCACAUUUGGUCUACGGUGUUCCCUUGACCAUCAACUCCGCUGUUCAAGUAAUGGCGGAGUCAAUGAAAAUAGCACUCGAGUUAGCACCAGAUCCUUCGAGAGUUAAGGGAUUCGCGGAUCAAUUUCAUGACAUGUGGAAGGGACAAGGCACUGAGGUUUAUUGGAAGCACAACUUCAUUUGCCCCACUGAGGAUCAGUACACAAAGAUGACGCAUUUGAAAACCGCUACAGUUAUAUUAGUUGGAGUCAGAUUGUUACAAGUGGUCAGUGAUCAUGACAAAAACUAUGACGAUCUAGCGCGGCUCCUCGGACAUUACUCUCAGCUUCGAGAUGACUAUUGUAAUCUUCGUGCGAAGGAGUUAAACAGCAAUGGCAGUUUCUGUGAAGAUAUAUCAGAAGGAAAGUUCUCCUUGCCUAUCAUACACGCAUCCAAAACUUCAGUGGGAAGCGAAGUUUUACGUAUCUUACGACAGCGUACCCGUGAUAUUGAGCUGAAGAAAUACUGUAUGUCUUUGUUGGAGAAGGCGGGCAGCAUACAGUAUACGAGAAACAGACUCAGUGAACUUGACCGAGAAGCUCGGGCUGAGGUCGCCCGGUUAGGCGGAAACCCUCUACUGGAAAAAUGUUUGGAUGAUCUCAGUAGCUGGAAGGAUGACGUAAUGGUCAGAUAGUUAUCACACUAUUUUGUAACAAGAGACACUAUAUUCACAAGUCAUAUUUAAACUGUUUUGUGGGGUGAAAAGAUUACAUUACAUUACUUACAUUGUAUACCCGAUUUAGUAAAACAUGAAUAUUAAAGCA